AUGUCGAAACCGUCGGCGCCGACAGCGACCCCUUCCAAUACUAUCCUUCUCCGGCGCCAGCUCGCUGAGAUCAAGAAGCGGCCUCUCGAAGGUUUCUCAGCAGGACUCGUCGACGACAAUAACUUCUAUGAGUGGGAAGUCAUGAUUAUCGGGCCUCCCGAUACCCUCUAUGAGGGCGGCUUCUUCAGAGCUCGGCUGAGCUUCCCGGAGGAGUUUCCCCUUCAGCCACCCAAGAUGAAGUUCCUCACGCAGAUGUGGCAUCCUAACAUCUAUCAGGAUGGCACCGUAUGCAUCUCGAUCCUUCACCCUCCUGGUGAGGAUCAGUACGGUUAUGAGGACUCGGGAGAGAGAUGGUUGCCAAUCCACACAGUGGAGUCCAUUCUGCUGAGUGUCAUCUCGCUUCUCUCAUCCGAGAAGCCCAAUACAGACAGCCCCGCGAACGUUGAUGCCGCGAAGGAGGUCAGGGAGAACUUCGAUGCGUACAAGAAGCGGGUGCGCCGCCUAGUCCGGAGGAGCGCGGAGGAGGCUUACGAUUGA